AGAGCUCAAAGCUGCUUCCUUUUGCAGCUAGAAGAGGCGCAGAAUGAUCAAGCGCUAGAGCCGAAAGCUGAAAAGUUGCCAAAGAAAAAGAAGUCUGUAUUAGAUUGUUUGAUUUCUAAAAUUUUAGAGCAGAUGCUAAAAACUUGAGCUGAGGCUCUUGGAUGAGUAACAGAAUGCCAGGUUUUCCACCUUGGUACCAUGACAGUUUAACUCGAUCCAAAGCUGAGGAUUUACUCUCCAAAGCAGCAAGAGAUGGAAGCUUCCUAAUCCGGGACAGCGAGUCUGUACAGGGAGCUUACGCCCUCUGUGUUUUAUAUCAGAACUGUGUGUACACGUACAGAAUCCUGCCAAACGAGGACAAGAAGCUCUCUGUUGAGGCUUCUGAUGGCGUUCCUAUCAGGUUCUUCACCAUGCUGCCUGAGCUGGUGGAGGCUUAUCAAAGCCCCAACAUGGGUCUGGUCACGCAUCUACAGUACUCCGUCCAGAGGGAGGUGGAGCUGGAUGAAGAGCAAGAAACUUCCAACCAUCCACCACAGCUCCCCCCCAGGAACUUCACCUCAGAAAGUGAAUCCAAGACCAGCGAGCAGGCCAGCAAGUCCCUAUCAGACACGUACCUCAUGAGGCUGCAGUACAUGGACCUGUCUGUACUGUCCGAGGAACAUCAAACGGCCAUCCAAGAAUACUUCAGGACUGCAAUCUGCGUAGAUGCUGAGCAAGUCCAGAACGGCAACCCUAACCUCCCUGGCCUCAAGAGGCUAAUCCAGGCAGUGUGUAAAAAUCUAAACAGUGAAAUUUCCAGAAUCCUGCCAACUCUGGAGAUGCUCCACAGAGCAAUGGACCAGCAGCUCUCCCCUGGGAUUGGACCAAGACAUAUUUUAACAGAUUCAGGACAGAGUGUGUCCUAUCGGCUCGAGCAACUCACUAAACUGCUCUACUCAAUAGAAGAUAAGGCUAAAGGUUCUGUUUUUGAGUCGGUUGGAUAUGACGGAGGCCACAGAAACUCUCUCAUACCAGUUGCGUCCUUUGAGGUCAAACAAGAAUCUCUCGGUAUUUCUACAAAAAUGGUUCUGAAGGUGGACGUUGAAAGUGGGAAACUCUACUUUAAGAAGUCAAAAGAUGGACCUGAAGACAAAUACUUUGUACACAAUAAGAUUCUGCAGCUGGUGAAAUCCCACAAAAUGCAUCCAAAACUUGUAAUUGUGGUGGAGACUGAGAGGGAAAAGAUUCAGCGUAAAGAGUUUGUUUUUAAUGACACAAAGAAAAGAGAAGGUUUCUGUCAACUUCUUCAACAAAUGAAGAACAAACACUCAGAAAAACCUGAACCUGACAUGAUAACAGUUUUUAUUGGCACCUGGAACAUGGGAAAUGCUGGCCCUCCCCAAAACAUUGACUCCUGGUUUCAGUGUAAGGGUCAGGGGAAGACCAGGGAUGACACCGCAGAUCAGAUUCCUCACGAUGUUUACGUCAUCGGGACCCAGGAGGACCCACUGGGCGAGCGGGAGUGGUCGGAUACGGUGAAAAAUGUCCUGAGGAACAUCACAAACAUCAGCUUCAAGCAAGUGGCGAUUCAGACCCUGUGGAACAUUCGGAUCGUGGUGCUGGCCAAGCCGGAGCACGAAAACAGGAUCUCCCAUGUGUUUUCAGAUAGCGUGAAGACGGGGAUUGCUAACACUUUGGGAAACAAGGGAGCUGUGGGCGUGUCCUUCAUGUUCAACGGAACAUCGUUCGGUUUUGUUAACAGUCACUUGACCUCUGGAAGUGAGAAGAAGCUCAGACGGAACCAAAAUUACUUCAACAUCCUGCGGUUGCUAAACCUGGGAGACAAAAAGCUUAAUCCUUUUGACGUCACUCAUCAGUUCACACACCUCAUCUGGCUCGGAGACUUGAACUACCGGGUGGAUUUUCCGUCAUCGGAAGCUGAGCACAUUGUGACGAAGAUCAAACAGCAGCAGUACCAGGAACUCCUCAAUAAAGACCAGCUCAACAUGGAAAGGAAUGAUGGAAAGGUCUUCUUGCAUUUUGAUGAAGAGGAAAUCACAUUUCCACCCACGUAUCGCUUUGAAAGAGAAACAAGGGAGAAGUAUGCCUACACCAAGGCCAAAGCCACAGGGACCAAAUACAAUUUGCCUUCAUGGUGUGAUCGCGUCCUGCGGAAGUCUUACCCUCUGGUUCAUGUUGUCUGUCAAGCAUACGGAUGCACAACUGACAUCAUGACGAGUGACCACUCUCCGGUUUUUGCCUCAUUUGAAGUCGGUGUUGCGUCACAAUUUGUCUCCAAACAAGAUCUCAACAGCGCUCCUCAAGGUGGAAUCCAAAUCAUGAACUGUGUGGCCAUCUUGUUGACGAAAUCAAAGACUAAAUUCUUCAUAGAGUUCCAUUCCAGCUGCUUGGAAAAAAUGACAACGACCUCAGAAGGAGAGAACACAGAACAAGCAUGCGGCUCCAUAAAAGUUUGGUUCGGGAACCAAGUAGAGCUCACCCCCAUCAUAUCUGACCCCGAGUACCUCUUGGAUCAGCACAUCCUCAUCUGUGUCAAAUCAGCCGACAGUGAUGAGUCGUACGGGGCGGGUUGUAUCGCACUGAGAGCUGCUCAGUUCUGCUACAGAGAGUUUCACAUCACUCUGACUCACCACGGAGAGAAGACUGGCACGCUGACCGGAGGCAUGCAGCUACGCACCACCGAGUUCAAGCCCACUGAGAAGUUAUACGAUUUCAUUAAAAUUGAAAGAGAAGAUCCCGUUCCCUCAAAAUGCAAAGGGGGAGACCUCAACAAGUCUUGUGCCACUCCACCCCAUGAUAUUUCUAACCCCAGCUACAUGGGAGUGUCAUUCAAAAGUGGAAACGUGACGGAUAAGGGCUGGAGUUACAGCAUGACACCACGUAAUGCUCCGUGUGGACAAGGGAGUAAGGAUUGCAAGAAGAGUGGUUAUGAUCUGAGUACACGCAGUCCCACUGGAAAAACUUUCACCAGCAACGAGGAUGAGAAGUUAUCAGACAUGUUGGACAAUCCUCUUUAUGGCUCCAGGUCUAAAGCACAUGAUCAGUCUAAGGACCAAGACCACCUGCAGACAGACCGUCUCCCUCCCACUCCAGACGGAGAUGCAGACCGCCGUCCGUUGCCCUCGCCACGCAACCGCUCCUUCACCUGCUCUGAGGUCAAACCUCAGCCUCCACCUCCCAUGAACCUGCACCUCCCGGCACAAAAGAAACCAGUGGUUCCUGUACGAUCUGAGGGAGGGCUGACAUCGAGCCGACCUCCUUUGCCCAUUAAGUCGAGGCCAGAGCCGCAGGCCACCAAACCCAGAGACUACAGAGACAGCUCUGAGCUCCCCAGCAAACACAGGCUGCCAGCAAGACCCAAUCAGCUCUCGACUCACAGAGACACACAUCCAGAUCAUCCAAAGACAGGCCGUCAAGUGAACUGAGAGAAAGCUGCAACGAUGAAUAGCGUCGACAGAACAGCUGCUUGCAUUAUGGAAUUAAAAUACUUGAAGUCAAGGCUUUUGCCGCCUAUUAUUGUCAUUUUCUGUCACUCAGUGCCAUUUUAUUUCUUAUUACUUCAGUGCAACAUUUUUCAUACCUGAGAGAUAGAAAAGAUUCAAGGCUUAAUUCAUCUCAGUAAGCUUAGCAUUCGAUAAAAGUUGACAGUCGCCUCUGAAUCGUAUUCAUCCUACUGGACAUUGGAGCUUCUGUUUCAGGAUUUUAUUCCCAGCUAACCUAACUGGUUUGUGGUUUUACCUUCACAUUCAAUAGAUACGGUGAAUUUUUAUAGCAAUGAGAAAAAGUUUAUCUCAUAACUUCUUAAACUGUUUUUCAAAUUUUCUGUUUCAGAGAAUCUAUGAGCAUUAAAUAAACAUUGCAUAGCUGUG